ACAUCUGGGCGGGCGGCGUCGGGCCAGUAGCGAACGCGACCGCGGCACUAACAAACGCCUCUCCAGCCCGCAAACUCCAGCCUGUAAACUCCUGACGAACUAUCUACUGAUUUGUGUACACUAAAGUGCAGUGAAAGUGCUGCUUGUGCUUAUGUGAAAUAAUCUGGAUGCCGUAAAAUUUUGGCACGAUUCAAUGAAUUCCCGUACACCGAAAAUUCGCCACGAAAUGAUCGAGAUUACGAGUUACGUGAUCAAAAUGUUUACGUGUAGACAUAGACUAUAGAAAGAACUAGAAGAAUAUUAUCAUGGAUAUAGACGAGAAGGUAUCUGGUCCGGGGGGCGCGUCACAGAAAAACUGGACUCAUUUAAACACCAGUAAUGAACUGCCUUUGGAAAUGCGUUUCAACCAUGGACAUAUGGUCUCGAUAACAGUAUAUACUGUACUAAUGAUAAUAUCAGCGACUGGCAACUUGACUGUCCUGUCGCAACUACUGAAAAGGAGGCGAGCGGCUCGCGCGAGUAGACUCGACUUGCUACUCAUGCAUUUAGCUGUCGCCGAUCUGAUGGUGACAUUCCUGAUGAUGCCGCUGGAGAUAGCGUGGGCGGGCACGGUGCAGUGGCUGGCGGGAGACUUCAUGUGCCGACUGAUGAUGUUCACCAGGACAUUCGGCCUGUACCUCUCAAGCUUCGUCCUCAUAUGUAUCGCCGUUGAUAGAUACUACGCAAUUCUGAAGCCUCUGAACGUGAAAUGGGAGGCGGGAGUGCGCAAGGCCCUCGCCACCGCCUGGAUAUGCGCUGGUCUAGCCAGUCUACCGCAGAGCUUCAUAUUCCACCUGGAAGAACAUCCUGAUGUUAAAGGAUAUUUCCAAUGCGUGUCAUACGGCUCACUGCCCACAGAACGACAUGAGUUCGCUUACUUCCUUGUCAACAUGACUCUAAUGUACAUCGCUCCACUGGUGUCCACUCUCUAUUGCUCCUCCGCUGCGCUCGCUGAGAUCAUACGUAGAGCCAACACCGCCAAUGAUAAAAUGCGACGCAGCGGUGUUGGUAUACUCGGCCGAGCACGAGCGAGGACUUUGAAGAUGACUGUUACAAUUGUCUUGGUAUUUUUCACGUGUUGGUCUCCUUACUACUGUUAUUGCUUAUGGUACUGGAUAGACAAAGAAUCCGUGAGAAGUCUAGAUCCUGCUUUUCAGAAGGCAAUGUGGUUGUUCUCUUGCACAAACUCUUGUGCCAACCCUAUUGUCUAUGGUGUGUUCAAUAGAAAUCGCUGGCAUACGGGUCCGAAUGCAAGAUAUCGUAAUGGAAGUAUGAGAAGAGGAUCCCGAUUCCCUUUCGGCGAUUCAAUGGAAAUUUCUGCAGCAACUUUAGUACGAGCACGAAGCUCUCUCACCAGUGAGAGGAAUGGAAGAAGAGAUUCGUCCUUUAAUACGAAAAACGGAACGCAAAAACAACUGAACCACAAUAAUAAUCUCGUAAAUAACGGUGUUGUUUAAUCUAUGACGUUUGAUACUAGGGAUGUUCAAAAAAUAGCUGUUUAACAACGUUAUGCAUAGUUAAUAGCUAAAAGCUAUUUUAAUAUUGUAAGUAUAAAAUAUUGCUGUAAAUUAAACUAUUUACUGAUGUAAGUACUAAUAUGUGUAUAUUUGAUCAAAAUCGUUACAGAAAAUUGAAGCUUUAAGAAAAAGCCUUUAGGGUCAUAUUCGUAUAAAGUAUAAUCUUAUAUACCAAUUUUGCAAAAUCGCUAGCAUUUCUUCGAUUCAAUACUGACUAAUUACUGUAAAGUAGUAAUUAAAUAAUUUACUUUUAAAAGACAUUUUUACAAUAAAAGAGGUUAUGUUUCUCAAUUUAUAAUCAUUAUUGUUGUAUAAAUGCGUAAAUAGUUUACUUGUAAAAAUAUUUAAGCAUUUUAAUCGUAUAUUAAAAUGAAAUUAUCAAAUUUGGUUGACUAUAUAACAAUACAUAAGAUGAUGUUUUUAUAAAAGAAUAAAAUUGUAAAAAGAUGUGGGUUUUUAAGAACAUGAGUCAAGAGAAUACUGUUAUAUUCAGUAGCAAUAUUUCUUUUUUAUAUCUUAUCAGAUUUAAAUAACUAUAUGUUAGUAAUUAAUUAUUAGAGAUACUCAUUCGUUUUAGUUUUUAUUCCUACAUUCCAAAGUUUAGAAUUUAAGUUGUAACUUAUACAUUUUUAAGAGACUGAUUGACCAAAACGUAACUCUGUAUAUAAAUAUUAAAAUCCAUGGUUUUUUUUUUCGUUUUAAUGUUCUUGUAACAUUUUUAAAAUUUAUAUUUUUAUUUGUUAUACUUAUUUAGUAAAUCUUGGCUGUGAGGAAACUCAAGUAUGUGGAAUAAGUGAGUUUUAUACCAAAUGUAAUGUAUUCGUUUGAGAUUAAAUAAAAUCGAAUUUCACAAA